AUGGGUUGCUGCUUCAGCAAAGCCACAACCCAAAACCCACAAAACCAAAACCCUCAGAAGAACCAGCACCAACCCCACCAUGUGAGAUCCUCACUCCCCAAAUCAAAUCCAACCCAUGAAGAAGAAGAAGAAGAAGAAGAACCCUCACCACCACUAGAAGAGGAAACAGUGAAGGAGGUUCUCUCUGAAACACCCAUUUCCAAACCCCACCAAGUUCCGAUUCUGACACCAGAAUCGAAGACCCAAUUGGUUCUACUUCAACACCCAGAUCCGGUUUUGAUGGAAACAAAGACCCAAAUGCCUCUGCUUCAAAACCCACCGGAGAAAUUCGAAAUCGAAACAAAGGAUGUCAUAGAGGAAGUCUCGGAGGUGGUGUCUUCUCAGAUUACAGAAGCAUGCAGCAUUAGCGAAAGCUUUUCAGCCGCCACAACCGCCACCACUGCUACCGUUACAGAGAAGAGAGAAGACGAAGCAACCAGCAAACAACAGAGUGUGAGAGAGGGAACAGCGACGCAAAAGUGGAGUCGAUCUCCGUCCAGGAAGCGCCCUCACGCCGCCGACGGGAGAGAGCGAAGGGUCAAAUCUCCGGCGAGGAGGCCGGAGCCGUCGCCGUCACCGGAGAAGAGAGUCAAGAGUGGUUCGAGGUUAGUUCGUGGACGAGAGUCAGGUCCGUUGGCGAAUCGGAAGCUCAAUGCAAGUCCCGCCCGUGUCCGCCGUGACGCCGGCGAGGGUUCCGGGCGGAGGUCGAGGUCGCCGUCGUGUGUGAGGAAGGUUGGCGGUGGUGCUACGCGUAAGGUGGAUGCCGGAGCUGAUAGGAAAGUAGUGCCGCCGGCAACAACGAAUGCGGUGGAGAAGGAGAAGAGUGAGAAUGAGACUGAGGAAGUUGGGGAGAAAAACGACGUCGUUCAGCAGGGGGAGUCCCUUGAGAAUCCUCAUGUUUCCAUGGAGUGCUUUAUUUUUCUGUAG